AUGAUCCGGAAUGUCCGUGCGUGCAAGACAGCGGCCGAGGAGCGAGGGGUGAUCGCGAAGGAAUGCGCGAAUCUACGGACAGCGUUCAAGGAGAACGACAUCGAGUACCGGCACCGCAACGUGGCGAAGCUCAUGUUCAUCCACAUGCUGGGCUACCCCACGCACUUUGGCCAGAUGGAGUGCCUGAAGCUCAUUGCGUCGCCGGGCUUCCCGGAGAAGCGCAUCGGAUAUCUGGGGCUCAUGGUGCUGCUGGACGAGCGCCAGGAGGUGCUCAUGCUCGUCACCAACUCGCUCAAAAACGACCUGAACCACACGAACCAGUUCAUAAUCGGGCUGGCGCUGUGCGCGCUGGGCAACAUCUGCUCCAGCGAGAUGGCGCGCGACCUCGCGCCCGAGGUGGAGCGCCUGCUCAACAGCAACAACUCCUACAUCCGCAAAAAGGCGGCGCUGUGUUCGGUGCGCAUCAUCCGCAAGGUGCCGGACCUGGCGGAGUACCUGCUGGGGCCGGCGUCGGGGCUGCUGCAGGACAAGCACCACGGCGUGCUGCUGUCCGGCACCAAGCUCGCCAUCCAGCUCUGCGACACGCACCCCCCCGCCCUCGACUACUUCCGCAAGCAAGUGCCGACGCUGGUGCGCAUUCUGAAGAACCUGGUGGUGAGCGGGUACGCGCCCGAGUACGACGUGGGCGGCAUCACGGACCCCUUCCUGCAGAUCCGCGUGUUGCGCCUCCUGCGCAUGCUCGGCAAGGGCGACCCCGACGCCAGCGACAUCAUGAGCGACAUCCUCGCUCAGGUAGCGACGAACACGGAGGCGAACAAGAACACGGGCAACGCCAUUCUGUACGAGUGUGUGCACACCAUCUUUGGCGUGGAGGCCAUUGGCGGCCUGCGCGUGCUUGCCAUCAACAUCCUCGGCCGCUUCCUCGCCAACCGUGACAACAACAUCCGGUACGUGGCGCUACACACGCUGAUCAAGGUGGUGGCGGUGGACACACAGGCCGUGCAGCGCCACCGCAACACCAUCGUCGAAUGCGUCAAGGAUUCAGACAUCUCCAUCAGGAGGAGGGCGUUGGAGCUGGUGUGUGCGCUGGUGAACGAGGGCAAUCUCAAGGCGCUCACACGCGAGCUGCUGGACUACCUGCGCGCCGCUGACUCCGACUUCAAGCCCGACCUCACCUCCAAGAUCUGCGCCCUCGUGCAACGGUACGCGCCCAGCAAGCUGUAUCACGUGGAGAUCAUGCUGCGAGUCAUGACCGAGGCAGGGGAGUAUGUGACGGAUGACGUCAUCCGCUUCCUGGUGGUGCUCAUCAGCAACGCACCUGAGCUGCAGGGCUUUGCAGUGCGCUCGUUCUUCCACGCCAUGCGCUCCUGGAAGGGCCAGGAGAGUCUAGGGGUGGUGACGGUGUGGUGUCUGGGCGAGUACGGGGAGAUGCUCGUCAACAACACAGGGCUUCUGCAGGGCGAAACGCCCCUCCAGGUGGUGGAGGCAGAGGUGGUGCAGAUGCUGGAGGGCAUCAUGAAGGACACGCGUGCCACGCCCACCCUCAAGGCCUACGUCCUCGUCGCCCUCCUCAAGCUCUCCUGCCGCUUCCCCUCCUGCUCCCAGCGCAUAAAGUGGUUGGAGGAGCAGCACCGGCACAGCCUGGUGUUGGAGCUGCAGCAGCGCUCAGUGGAGUUCAGCGCCGUGCUCGCCCGCCACGACAAGAUCAAAGCCACGCUGGCAGACAAGAUGCCAGCACUGGAUGAGGUGGCGUACCGCUCCAAGCGCGCUGACCUGGCGCCCGACGCAGCGGCUCGUGCAGCAGCGCCAACAGGGCAGCCGUCAGCCAAUGGCGCAGCAGCAGCAGGCGGGACAGCAGGGGGAGUGCGGGCGGCAGCAGCCCCCCAGGCACAGGCACAGGUGUUGGCAGACCUGCUGGACCUCACGGCUGAUGACUCCUCUGCUGCUCCUGCUGCUGCUGCCGCUGCCCCCGCUGCUGCUGCGGGAGGGUUGCUGGAUCUGCUGGGAGGGGUCAGUGCUCCCGCUGCUGUUGCUACUUCUGCGCCAUCACCAGGCGGGGCAGACCUGCUGCUGGACCUGCUCUCCCUCGGAGACGCACCGGCACCCCCUGCAGCAGCAGCAGCACCUGCCGCCAUGCCAGCUGCAGCCAUAGACCCACUAGCAGGCCUCAUGGGCGGGGCUGCACCCACCCUCAUCACCCCCACACCAGCACCAGCACCCUUCGCCCCAGCCGCCGCAGCAGCAGCGGUGGAUCCGUUUGGAGGCUUUGCAGCGGCGCCGGCAGCAGCAGCAGCGCCGUCGUUCCCGGGGAUAGUGGCAUUGGAGAGCCGGGGGCUGCGCAUCACGUUUGAGUUCGCCAAGGACCCUGCUGCCCCGCAGAGCACCACCAUCAGUGCCUCCUACACCAACUCCUCGCCUUCCCCGCUCACUGACUUUGUCUUCCAAGCCGCCGUGCCCAAGUUCAUGCAGCUGCAGCUGGAGGCGGCAUCGGGGGCAGUAGUGCCGGCCAGCAACAGCGGCAGUGUGACACAGACAAUGCGCAUCACCAACACCCUGCAUGGCCAGAAGCCACUGGUGAUGAAGCUGAGGGUGUCAUACAAGGUGGGAGGCCAGGACGUAUUGGAGCAAGGCCAGGGCAGUGCGGCACGUCGAGCGGGCGUGUGGCUGCACGCAGUCGCGCGGUGUGGUGCCUGCAGUCCAGUGCGCGUGCUGGUGGUAGCGCUGCUGGCGGUGGCGAUGGCGGGCGGGGCGGCGGAGGCGCGGCCGGAGGGGUUCGGGCGGUGGUUCGUGGUGCCCGCGCUGGACGGCGAGGGGUCGUACGCGGGCGCGUGCGGGCCGCGCGUGGCGGAAGAGACCCCCGCGUGCAACGUGAGCGGGCGCAGCAAGGGGCACGAGCUGCGCAGCUACCCCGAUGACGAGGUGUGGGUGACGACCAUAGUGGUGAAUGCAUCGUACGACAAGGCAGUGGAGGAUGGCACGUGGCGCCUGCACUCAUUCUUUGCCGGCCACAACGCGCGCUCCGAGCCCAUCGCACUCACCGCCCCGGUCCUCACCAUGCCGCGCCCCGAGGCAGCCGGCUACGAGGUCUCCCUGGUGGUGCCGCGGCGCUACUCGCCUGAGAGUGUGCCGCAGCCCACAGACCCGACAGUGAAGCUCGUGCUGAUGCCGCGCGGUGUGGUGCGUGCUGUGCUGGGGCCGUUUGGAGGAUUCCCCACGGAGGCGGUGUAUGGCAGCAAGCUGCAGCGCCUUAAAGGGUUGCUGGAGCGGCGUGGCAUGGGGUUUGAUGAGAGCUCGGGUGCGUAUGCGGGCGUUCCCUUCCCUUCGCCCCGCCAUCGAAUAGCUCUAGUCAAAUCCCCUACUCUCCCUUCCUCCCCUCCUUUUCCCUCCCACCCCUCCAACGCCACUGGGACACCAACACUCAGCGCCAUGGUUCUCAAGACGGAGCUCUGCCGGUUCAGCGGUGCUAAGAUCUACCCCGGGAGGGGCAUUCGCUUCAUCCGCGCCGACUCGCAGGUGUUUCUGUUCGUGAACGCCAAGUGCAAGCAGUACUUCCACAACCGCCUCAAGCCGUCCAAGCUCGACUGGACCGCCAUCUACCGCAAGCAGCACAAGAAGGACGUGCAAGCGGAGGGCGUGCGGCGGAAGAAGCGCACGGCCACCAAGGUGCACAGCCGCUCCAUCGUGGGCGCGUCGCUCGAGGUCAUUCAGAAGCGCCGCUCCGAGAAGGCCGAGGUCCGCGCCGCCGCCAGAGAUGCCGCGCUCCGUGAGAUUAAGGAGCGGCUGAAGAAGGUGAAGGAUGAGAAGAAGGCCAAGAAGGCAGAGGUGACAACCAAGCAGGCCAAGGCCGCUACCAAGGCGGCAGCUCCACGCGCUUCAGUGCCCAAGGGUGGCAAGGGUGCAAGCGGUGGUGGUGGCGGCAAGCGAUGA